GAGGUCUCUCGCCUGCGCAUGCGGAAAAUCAGGUACACGGCAGGGAGAGAAGAUGUGUCCUCCAUCCUUGUCGUACAGCUGUCACGACGUCGUAUGCGCUUAUCUGCCGUGUUUACGUGCAGUCAAGUGACCGUUUAUACUUGCUUUUGACAUCGUUCCGUUAGCUUCACGCGCGCAGCAAGGCUAUCGCGAAGAAGCAUGAUGAUUCCCAAGAAAGCCUUUGGACUCGUUGCGUUCUUGUUGUUUGGCGUGAGCCUGCUGCUUUUCUCGCGCACUGUUGGACAUUCGCUGGCCGAGUACUUCUUCGGGCCUCAUGGACCGGUUAUCCCGUACACGACACAUGUUGUGCUGUUCCAGUUCAAACAUGGGACGAGCAAGUUUGCAAUCAAGGAGAUUGUCUCACAGUUUGUUGGACUGAAGAAGUCUUGUAUACAUCCGGCUACGCUGAGGCCGUAUAUCGUCUCGAUAUCGGGCGGGAAGGAUAUCUCGACCGAGAAUUUGCAGAAUGGCAUUAGUCACGCAUUUGUGAUGCAGUUCCAUUCCAUUGAAGACCGUGAUUACUACGUUAACGACGAUCCGGUUCACAAAGCGUUUAAAGAGGCGGUGGGUAUGGCAAUCGACAAAACAAUCGUGGUUGACUAUCAGAACGGCGUUUUCAUGACCGUCUAAUCGCUAGAUGCGAAGAACGUGGAGUCAUUAGUGUAUUUGAGAAAAUGGAAGAACCUCAAAAGAAACUAUCUCCCAAA